AUGGAUAUGAACAUGGCAUGGCUCACAUAUCCGCUAGCACUGCACAGCAGCCGCGAGUUCGAGUGCGGGGACAAGACCGCUGAGCAGUGCAGCUGGUACAAACAACGAUGGCAUUUCUGGUACAUUGCCGACUAUGUCUUCGCCUUAUCGACUAUUGCAUUCUUCAUGACUGCGAUCGGGAUUUUCAUAAUCGCGCACUUCACUUCGUCGCACAUCCUUGGUCACCGUCGCUUCCGAGGGCCGAACAUAUGGCGCAAGCUCAUCGCUACUGUCAGAUACUUAUCUUAUCGCGGGUUCCAUGUCAAGUCACUUCGCUGGAAUUCAGCUCCUGUCGGAGUGCUCUUGCUAGGGCUUUCGGGAACCGUGUUCUUCUUUUGCAUGGACUUGGCCCCCCAGCCAUACUACUGGCCAGACAUUAUGUUCGGCGGAUCACCGCCUCUGGCGACCAGAUCCGGAUGGAUGGCGUUGGCGUGCAUGCCAUUCAUCUUUGCAACCGCGACCAAGACUAACUGGAUUACCUUGGUCACUGGGGUGACUCAUGAACGAUUGCAGGUCUUCCAUCGAUGGAUUUCGUAUGCCUUUUUUGUCCUUGCGCUGCUGCAUACCUUCCCCUUUAUCGUAUACCACAUUCGAUGGCAUGAUAUGGAGGAGCAUUUCUCCUCUAGUCUGGUGUUCUACUGGACCGGCAUCGUUGCGCUUAUAUUCCAGGCAUGGCUUACUUUCAUGUCGCACAGUACGGUCCGAUCCAUCCUUGGUUACGAGUUUUUCAAAGCGACGCAUUUUCUCGCCGCGGUGGUCUUCAUGGUGACUUUCUUUUGGCACUGCGACUACACCCUCACUUCAUGGGACUACUUCAUCGCGACCGCCGCAAUCUACGUCCCCUCCUACGCCUACAGCUGGUUCCGCAUCAUCUUCGAAUACGGCUUCACACAAAAGGCACGCAUAAACGUCGAAGAAAACGGCUUCACACGCAUCGUGGUCCCCGCCAAGUUCAAGUGGACGCCCGGCCAACACUGCUUCCUGCGUUUCACGAGUCUUGGCUUGCUUCCAGCUCUGUCGUCCCAUCCAUUUACUAUCUGUUCGUCGCCGUCGAUCGAGGAGGACAGGCCGUCCGAGCUUGUGUUUUAUAUUCGGCACCAGAAGGGAUUUACAAGAAAAUUGUACCAGCAUGCACUUGAGCGGGCUGGGGUGGAGGUGCCGGUGCAGGUCGAUGGGCCAUACGGUGGGGCCACCUUGCAAAAGUAUCGGGAUAGCGAUCGUCUCCUCGUGGUCGCUGGUGGAUCGGGCGCGGGCUGGAUUCUGCCCUUUGUAGAGCGCUUCGCUCGGGCUGGCUUGAUCACGCAGAAAGGCGAGCGGAAAGAAUCGUCUGCCGACCCCGAGAAGACCUCCGCGCUCGAGACUGGUGCAGCCCCGGGCCCAAAGUCGCUGCGCGUGAUACUAGCCACGCGGGAUACCAGCAGCCGUAAAUGGUUCCUAUCCUCCGUCAGCAAACUCUUGGCCAGGUACCCCUCUACCCACGUCCAUGUCGAAGUGCACUCAACAGGGUCCGCUGCAAAAGAGGCAGAUCUUCCGGAACAAGCAGAAGCACCGCGCUCGAUAUCUUCUGCGGAUGAGAUUGAGAUCCACACGAAGGGCCACGAUGUACAUGUGCCGGGCAAAGAGCUAGAAGGCCGGCCACGGCUUCCAGCGAUAAUUAAGGAGGAGGCGGCCAAGGCAGCGGAGGCAAGCGAAUCACUGGGCGUAUUUGUCUGUGGGCCGGAAACGAUGCAGAAUGAUGUACGGAACGCUGUUGCUGCGGAGAAUCUGGAGAUACUGAAGGGCUCCAGGGCGGAGGGGGUGUAUCUACAUUCUGAACACUUCUCUUGGGCGUAG